ACCUGAGGAGAAGUGAAGUUUUCAUCCCGAAAAGCCAGUGGAGGGGAUCCCGGAGGAUCAAUUCCGUGGGAGACCUGAGCUGUAGGUGCCUCCUGCAAAGAAAUACACAAAGAAAGCAAUUUGAAUCUGAAACUUCAGGUGCUAGAUAAAUUGGACACUGCUGGAAGAUGACAAUGGCUACUGUCUUCAUUAGUGCAGUCCAGGCCUCACUGAAUCUAGGUUCCAUGUUUGAAGAGUAUGAUAAUGACUCUGAGGUCUUCCGUCAGCGCUUCAGGCAGUUUCAGUACAAAGAAGCAGCAGGGCCUCGUGAAGUUUUCAACAAACUCCGGGAGCUUUGCCAUGAAUGGCUGAAGCCAAAGACUCGUUCUAAGGAACAAAUGGUGGAGCUUCUAGUGUUGGAGCAAUACCUGAAUAUUAUGCCCCGUGAGGUAGAGACCUCGGUGAAAGAUCAGUGCCCAGAGGCUACAGAAAGUGUUGUAUCACUGUUAGAAGAAUUAGAGACCAAAUUGGAGACACCAGAGCCACAGAUCGAUAGGCAGGAGAUGCUCUUGGAAGACCCAGCAGCAGUUGGAAUGGCAGAUGUGCUACCAGACAUCUACCUGGAGACACUUCCACCCCAAGCAAUGGGACCUUUCUCUGAAGCCCCAGUGGCAGAGGUGCAGCUCCCACAGGCAGGGCUGCAGGAGCUGAGUGAUGAUGCUACUGGAGAAGGCCAGGCCUUUCUGGACCCUGCAUACCAACCACCAAAGCCUGACCCCAUAGACCCCUGGGUGAAGCAACUACAGGACUGUAUGGAAGUGGAACAAUUACAAUGGCUUGACUUCAAUACAGACAGAAAUGCACCUCUUGGUCCCUGUUUCCCAGAAGACUCGGAACACCCAAGGAAUCAACGGGAAAGUCCCACAGAGCAUGUACCCAGAGAGUACACACUGCUUGUGUGUGAUCAGAACCCCUUUCCAGAAGAAAGAGCUGAGAUAUACAACCAGGAAGAACCUCUCAGCCCCAGAGCCCUUGAGGAAAACCAUGCCCCAAAUAGCCCACACAAGUGUUCUUACUGUGGGAAAGAAUUUGUUUCUAGUAAGGUGGAUGCAGCUGGUUUUCAGACCCACCAGAUGCCCCGGGAGCCCGAUGGAAGCUCUCAGAGGAGAGAAGCUUCUGAUUCAGCUUCCAGGAGGUCAGUGGAGAAACCCUUGGGUCACUCCUGGAGCUUUGCCAUGGGUGGGUGUCUUUGGCCUGAGAUGCCCUUCAUGAAGCACAUCCUGGAGCUGCUGGUAUUGGAGCAGUUGCUUACCACCCUGUCCCAGGAAGUCCACAGCAGUGUGUAG